UAUAUUUUACGUUGCAUAUAUUUUUAUAGAGUGUUCAAAGAUACCACAACUAUCGUCAAAGCCAGAGGUCAAAUAAAUUGAUCAAUUAACUUUUUUAAAUGUUCGGAAUCACUCGAUCUGUGACUGUUCUGGUAAACCGUACAGCCUGAUCAAUCAAUAUGGGAUCCUCGGGACGUCCAUAUCCUAAAUCCUAACACUAACCUUAACUCAAUAACCCUUACCUUAACCCCUACCUAAAUACCAUUUUAAAUGUCAACUUCAAUUUGAGGUACGGACUUCCCAAGGAUCGCCUAUAGCACGGACCCAAUCGAAACGCAGACAGAGUUGUUUUCGUUUUACCGAAGUGCAGCCUACCUUCAGGAGAAAUUAGGGAUUUCUUCGUUCAAACUGCAAUUGCACAGCAAGUGUUGUUUUUAUUCGCGAAGUACCUGCUGUUUACCCGAACAGGAAUGGCGCUUUGACGAUGGCGAAAACACCAGAGAGCAGCGGUAUGGAUUUAGGAGAUGUUUCCCAUAGCUGCAAUUCACGAGCUCUGAAAGUUACAACAUCAACAACAACAACAUCAUCAUCACCACCACCAUCAUCUUCCCUCAGCAACAGUGCUCACCUUCAGCUAGAGGCAGCAUCACCACCGCCCCUCCAAGUUCUCCAGUUGAAGAGGCAUCAUAAGCAGUACUAUAGCCAUGGCCAUGAUCUGUUACCUAAGAAGAACCCUCUAGAUAAUACAGUGAGAGAUUUGUCAUCAUCCUGUGUCUAUGAGGUACCUGACUCUGGUGGUGUUUCCCAGGACCCGACUGCCUCUGCAUCUGCCAUGGCCUUAGCUGUCACUACCACAGUUUGCUCUGGUGUUGAGGCUAGAGAUGUAUGGAAGUCUGGAUACCUGAGAAAGAUGAAGCACAGCCACAAGAGAUUUUUUGUCUUGAGAGGGCCAAGUGACACAGGCCCCAGCCGUUUGGAGUACUAUGAUAGUGAGAAGAAAUUUAGAAAUGGAAUGAAAUCCGUUUGUAAAUCUCCCAGUGCUGUGGGUUCUCCAAAGAAGGUGAUUUAUCUGUAUCAAUGUUUUACUGUUAGUAAAAGGGUAGAUUCUAAACACAAGCACCUGAUAGCCCUGUACACUAAGGAUGAGCACUUUGUCAUGAUAGCGGAGAAUGAGAAGGAGCAAGAGGAUUGGUACCUGGCUCUGAGUGAUCUGGUGAUCCAGGAGAAAAAGGAGUACCAGGACGCUGAGGAGUUGGAUGAUGGAUACUGGACCGUCUCUCCUGGAGCCAUCUUCAAGGAGGUGUGGCAGGUGAUUGUAAAGCCCAAAGGUUUAGGACAAACCAAGAACCUGAUAGGAGUGUGCCGGCUGUGUCUCUCUGCCAAGACCAUUCACCUGGUGAAGAUGUGCUCUGAGAUGACGUCUGUGAACCUACCUCUGAUGAAUGUGCGUCGCUGUGGUCACUCCGAGAGCUUCUUCUUUAUGGAGGUGGGCCGCUCGUCCUCCACUGGGCCCGGGGAGAUCUGGAUGCAGGUAGAAUCAGGCGACCCUGUGGUGGCUCAGAACAUGCAUGAGACAAUCCUGGAGGCCAUGAGAGCCCUGAGGGCCAUCCCUGAUUUCAGGCCCCGGAGCAAGAGUCAGUCAUUCCCAUCAAACCCCUGUGCCGUAGUCACCACACGACGUCAACACCAUGGCAACCUCCCACCCAGCCUGACUGGGUUACAGCGCUCUAUAAGGGUGGAAACUGUUGUGAGCAAAGCGUCCCCACAGAAAGAUAAAGGAGAUGGAGGCCACAGCCCCAAUCGAACUUCUAGCCAUGGAGAGGGGACAAUGAACCAACUGAUCAGCCCAGGGACUGGCAACUUGGCUCUCCGUAAUGUCUGCAUCAGUAAAAGCCUUGAAGAGAGCCUCAGUCACUGUGCAUGCAUCUCCACCACCAUCAGUGUAUCCAGCAGCAGUGGCAAUGACUCUGAUACACACCCCUGGACCUCUGACACUUCAGUCUUUGGUUCUACCAGCGACAGAGGCUCUGAUACACACCCCUGGACCUCUGACACUUCAGUCUUUGGUUCUUCCAGCGACAGAGGCUCUGUCUGCGCUGAGGAUUUGUGCUCCAACCCAUGUGUCUUUCAGUUGUCCAGGAGUAACACCCCUGACUCACUGUUUAACACCACACUCAUUGACGAGAACAGCUUGACUGACUACGUGGCCAUGGAUUUGCAGGUAACGGCUGUGGCCGGGGCUAAUCAAGGAGAUAGCUGUGAUGUGGAAACGUCUAAGCCUGAACAUUCCAGACAAUACCACCAAACCACCUCAUGCACUCCAAAAUGCGAAAAACACCUCUCAUCCAAGCCCCCCUUCCUCCAUAUCUAUAAUCAGAGUAAACUCCCAGUGGGAGAAAGUUAUAUGCCAAUGACUUGUGGACCAGGUCCUCAUUAUACAGAUGACAUCCCUUCAGAUUACAAUGUGACCCCCACUCUUCUUCAAACAUCUAGUGCUACCAUGUUGCCCUCAGACCAGCUGGGUCCCCAGGGCUACAUGAUGAUGCUUCCACGUAGCUGUUCACCAGCAAAGGACAGCCUUAGUGAUGUUGAUCAUUUAGUGUGUGAUGAAUACAUGAACAUGUCUCUCGGGAGCCACAUGGAUGGUCAUACACAUGGCUCACCGGAGGCUCUUAAGUCCUACAGCUCCUAUUCCUCUCUACCAAGCUCUAACCAGCCUCCUUCACAGUGGAACUGUGAACAUGAUGACUGUAUCUUCACGUGUCAUCCUGCAGCUCAUCACUGCUCUGCAGUUGAAUGGAACAGUAGAAACCCUCUCUGUAGCUCACCUCGUCACUCUUCUCAUCCAAGCAGUGAUGUGCUGCUGAACCUAUCAGAUGUGCCUGUGUUGAAUGUCACUGGUUUGUCCUUGGACCAGCAUGGGGUUGAAGAUAGUGACCUGCCCACUCAAACUGAGUCUAUCCAGAUUUCAACAGAUCGUCUCAACUACAUUGCUCUUUACCUGAGGGAUGAUCAGUGUGCCACCUGUGAUGUCCCUUUGCCUACCGAUGAGGUCACUUCUCCACUUCCUGCACGUACCAGUCCCAGAGAGAGUGGGUCUGGACCUGGCCACUACACUGGCAUAGACCUCCCCACAUCAGCAGGACAGACUGCUGCCACCAGACGUUGGCUGUGUUCUUGUCUCCCCUUGUGUAUCAAUACUGAUGACAGUGAGUAAGAGGGCAUUUAAAAAAGUGUCAGUGCUGCUUUUGAAUCGAUACAUUAUUGAAUGAACCAGAUUGUGAAUACUCGGCCUUGUUGUUUAUACGAUGAUAAUGAUCAAAUAAACAAGUUAUUUGUACUCAGUGGAAUUGUUCAUAUAAAAAAAUGUCUGCCAUGUUUCUCUACUUUUGGUGGUUGUUGCUAGUCUGGGUACCAGUUCCACACAUUGUACUCCCUUGGCACAGAGUACAACAAGUGGGAUGUUAUCUUAAAUGACUGGUACCCAGACUAGGUUGUUUUUUUUACACUUGGAGAACAUGUUCCUAUAGCCCCUUGCAAAGAAGUUUGUUUUUGGCAAUUCCAGGGAAAUGGAAUGACGCCGAGACUCAGAUCUUUCCCUUUUAAAUGUAUUCCAAACAAAAUCAAUUGAUUUCAAAGUUGAACAAACCAUAUAACGCAAUGCACAAUGACUACUUUUAACAAUUUACACAGAAAGUUAUACAAAUGUACUUGAAGAACAAACAGUUAAGUGUUAAGGUCAGUAACAGAAUGACAGCACCAAUGGCACAAACUGUCAUUCUCUUAGAAAAUGUUUUAUCUGCACUGUUCAAGUGAAUGUUGUCAUUUGUUAAAAGUAUUUCUUGUUCAUAAUUGUAUGGUUUGUUCAAGAUUGAAAUCAGAUUUUUUUUUUGUGAAGUAAAGUGAAAGUUGUGAGUCUUCAGGCAAUGUAUUGGUUGCCAACUGGAAGAAUAUACUUUUUGUUGUGUAGGCCUGAAUUAUUUGUAUUUUUCAUGAAUCAAGAGAGGAUGUUUGCAUUUUCUUUUCACAUUUUUCACAGGGCAUUCACUGGAUCGAUUGCUCUGUACCUGGACGGAAGUCAGCAUGUUUGGGUUAUGAAAAUUAAAAAAUUGUGCUGUAUUUUGUAUUUAAUUACCAUGCCCUGGGCCCAUAUUCACAAAACAUUUAUUACGCAAAAACUUCAGCCUCUUAUGAAAAAACAAAAUGUUUAUAACUGCAAUUCCAGAACAAUAUUUAAAGCUUUUUUCCAAUAACCUUUUUGAGGAAUAGCCACUUUUCUUAACUUUCUUAAAAUCUAUAGUUAAGGAAAAAAUGGCAGUUUAGAAAUGUCUUAAAAGAUUUUGUGAAUCUGGGCCCUGGUGAUUGCACCCUUUAAUGCUUUUAUACCAUUAAUGGAUGUAAUUAUACCAUUAAAAUAAAGCUAAUGUUAUCUAAAGCUUGUCU